UUUCUCUUAGGGCCAUCAGAGGCAUGGGAACAACCUCUGCCUCAGUGACACUACUGACCCUCACCCGCUGCAGUGGGAAGGAGGAAGUAGAAACUGGACCAAUGGCAGAGGGGUAGGACGUGGAGGAAGGCUCAGGCCAUCCGUCCCUCAGCGAAGAACCACAGCGUGGUCCUCUUCCCCAGGACACUUUCCUCUGUUUUCACUUUGCAUCUCUUCGAGGUGGUCCAUCUGCGCUCAGACCCAGAUGGUGCCAGAGCUAUGACCAGGCCUGCAGGCGCCACGCCGAGUGGGGGUCAGCCAUGGAGCAGCCACAGGAGGAGGCCCCUGAGGCCCGGGAAGAGGAGAAAGAGAAAGUGGCCACAACUGAAGGAGCCCCGGAGCUCAACGGAGGACCAGAGCACAUGCUUCCUUCCGGCAGCUGCACAGACCUCUCCCAGAAUUCCUCUCCUUCCUCCCUGCUGGACCAGCUGCAGAUAGGCUGUGAUGGGGCCUCAGGCGGCAGCCUCAACAUGGAGUGCCGGGUGUGCGGGGACAAGGCCUCGGGCUUCCACUACGGGGUCCACGCAUGUGAGGGGUGUAAGGGUUUCUUCCGCCGGACAAUCCGCAUGAAGCUGGAGUACGAGAGGUGUGACCGGAGCUGUAAGAUCCAGAAGAAGAACCGGAACAAAUGCCAGUACUGCCGCUUCCAGAAGUGCCUGGCGCUCGGCAUGUCGCACAACGCCAUCCGCUUCGGACGGAUGCCAGAGGCCGAGAAGAGAAAGCUGGUAGCAGGGCUGACGGCCAGUGAGGGGUGCCAGCACAACCCACAGCUGGCCGACCUGAAGGCCUUCUCCAAGCACAUCUACAAUGCCUACCUGAAAAACUUCAACAUGACCAAAAAGAAGGCCCGUAGCAUCCUCACCGGCAAGUCCAGCCACAACGCACCCUUUGUCAUCCACGACAUCGAGACACUGUGGCAGGCGGAGAAGGGCCUGGUGUGGAAGCAGCUGGUGAACGGGCUACCGCCCUACAAAGAGAUCAGCGUUCACGUGUUCUAUCGCUGCCAGUGCACCACGGUGGAGACGGUGCGGGAGCUCACCGAGUUCGCCAAGAGCAUCCCCAACUUCAGCAGCCUCUUCCUCAACGACCAGGUGACCCUCCUCAAGUACGGCGUGCACGAGGCCAUCUUCGCCAUGCUGGCCUCCAUCGUCAACAAAGACGGGCUGCUGGUGGCCAAUGGCAGCGGCUUCGUCACCCACGAGUUCCUGCGCAGCCUCCGCAAGCCCUUCAGUGACAUCAUUGAGCCCAAGUUUGAGUUUGCUGUCAAGUUCAAUGCGCUGGAACUCGACGACAGUGACCUGGCACUCUUCAUUGCAGCCAUCAUUCUGUGUGGAGACCGGCCAGGCCUCAUGAAUGUGCCACAGGUGGAGGCCAUCCAGGACACCAUUCUGCGGGCUCUGGAGGUCCACCUGCAGGUCAACCACCCUGACAGCCCGUACCUCUUCCCCAAGCUGCUGCAGAAGAUGGCCGACCUGCGGCAGCUGGUCACUGAGCAUGCCCAGAUGAUGCAGUGGCUAAAGAAGACGGAGAGCGAGACCUUGCUGCACCCCCUGCUCCAGGAAAUCUACAAGGACAUGUACUGAGGCCGCAGCCCAGGCCGCCCUACAGGCUCCAGCUGGGCCCAUGGGACUGUUCUGAGGACCAGCGCACAAGCACUGGGCACAACACUCCAGACUCCCACCCUCCCUGCCUUCUGCCCAUCUCUCCCCAGCACUUCCUGUUCUCGCUGUUCCUCAGUACCCUGCUCUUCCACCUUGCCUUCUGUAGCAUCUCCCUCCAGCCUGUCCCCCUGUCUGUCCAAUUCAUGUCAGUGAGACAGUUGGUAUGCUGUCUCUCCACCAGAACAGGACCUCUGCCUUUGCCCACCUUCCCGGGAGCAGGGGGGCCUGCACCCGCCCGGCCCUGCCCUGCCUCUGUUUCCCUCUUCAAAGACUUGAGCCAUCCAAAGAAACACUAAGGUCUGAGCCCAGCUUUCCAGGAAGCUUGGCUGGGGCUGACUGCUGUCCUAGCCUGUGGUCACCUCACCAUCACAGGGUUCUUCCUGCAGAAGAGAGUGGGCAAGGAACAUGGGCUGGGAGACAGAUUUCUCUUCUAGGCUGUCUCCUCAACCCAAGGCACCCUGCCCCAACUCUGACACCCUCCAUUCUUCUUGCCAGUGUUCUAGGCCAUUAUCACUGAUGCCCCUUGUGCUGCCCUGGGGAUACCCCUUCCAGAUGGGGUUCCACACCCCAUUGAAGAGGAGGAGGGUAGAAGUUGGCCAGAAGGAACAGCACAUUUAGUUCUGAUGCCAGGACUCGGGUUCGGGUCCCAGGGUUAGAGGUCAGACAGCUCUCCAUCAGUACCCCCACUGGCCUCACCCUGUAGCAGCAUUCAGACUGGCAGAACCCUGCAGGAGGAACUGGACCAUGGCUGCUCUUUCCUUUACCCCAGAGACGCUGGCACACCUGCCCCCUGCAACUGCCUCACCGUAACCAGGACACUGGCUCACCUCUUGGUCACCAUAGGGCCCCUCCCUGCCCUCCCCAAGGUGGCUGGGAGACAGCUGUGGCCCUGUCCCUAGGGUUGGUGAUCUGUGAGUAGGCAGAGGUGUCCUGACAGGUCGCCAGGUGGCCCCUGCCAGCUCACAGGCAGAGUUG